AUGGAAGAAAAACAGCAUGAUGCUGGUAUUACUACCAGACCAGUACCAAUAGAGACACCAACAAUUGCCGUGCGACUUCCGCUGUUCUGGGCCGACAGACCAGCAGUUUGGUUCGCUCAAGCCGAAGCACAGUUCCCUUUGGCGGGUAUCAGUAGCGAGCAGACGAAGUUCUGCUACGUGAUCUCGCAGUUGGACCAAGAGCAGCGCAUCCGGCAACUCCUCACGGUUGAGGAAAUUGGCGAACGUAAGCCGUCCCAUUUCCUGAGGUACCUCAAAAGGCUCGCACCAGAGGUGUCUGAUAACGUCAUCAGAAGCGUCUGGAUCAGCCGGCUACCCCGCAACGUGCAGAACUUCCUCGCCGGCCAGAACGAGAGCAACUUGGAGGCCGCAGACCUCUGUGCAGACAGCAUUUCCGAGGUCGAAGCCUGGCCAACGCUCGCUAGCGUUGAUGAACCCACGGACAUCGGCGCACUUCGGCAGGAGAUCGCUGAACUCUCGCGCCAAGUGGCUGCACUCAGGACCGAACAGGACCGCCUCCACCCCCGCUUCAGGGAGUCCGACAACAAACCGAGAAACAGAGGCUCCCGUCGAAAAUGUUCCCGUCCCGCCUUCAACAUCCGACGGCCCGGCCGCUUCGGCGCUCGGGCACAAAACUGUAAUCCGCCCUUCAGGAAAAUUGACGCAGCGGACUUCAUCGGCGGUACAUGUCUGCGCUACGAUAACAGGCCGAAUCUUCAUAACGGACAGGGUCAGCAAACGGCAGUUCCUUGUCGUGACGGGUUCGGACCUCUGUGUACAUCCCCACAGGCUCGUUCAUCGACGCAUGGAGCGUACCAACUAUGA